AACCAUAAUAAGCGGCUUUGGUUUUGUUUACGCUGCGAAAAUGACGAUUUUAUACAAAGUCGAGGGAAAGGAUUUUAGCAAGGACAGUGUCUUCCCGCAGAAAGUGGUUCUUUGCUCCGUGUCCGCCCGUAACAUAGUGGCGUUUAGCGCCUUGCAGAGCGCAAUCGUACCUUCGUCGCACGGCGUUGGAGAUGCCGGCGACGCAUCUGGGCCAGGAUCAAGCCUCGAUGUGGGCGCUAGCAACAGUCAUGUUUACGUAUGCGACAUCGUGACGCCGUGGGAGUACUACAAGGUGUGCUCCUCCAAGUCUCUAAUCAGCGUGCUCCAGUGGAGUCCCAACGGCGAGCAGCUGCUUCUAGGCUACAUCGGCGGGAGAGUGGAGAUCUGGCAGCCGUGCAACCAAUCGAUCAACCUCUGGCUGCUUCAGUUCCACGCCAGCGUCCCCUGCGAGGACAUUGUGCUGGCACAGUUCUUCCACAACGGCAAGGGCGUCUCUUUUAACCCGCAGAAGAAGGAACACACCUACUAUGCGGAGAAGUUCGAACGCCUGGACGAACGGCCGACACUUUGCGGUUUUGGAGGAGUAGCCAGCGAAGGCUGCAUACUGCUGACAUCCUCUGGUCUGCUCGCCGCCUUCUGUCUGCCCGUGCUGCAGAAAACAUCCGGAGGUGCAGAGGGUCUCGCCCACGAAGUCCUCGAGCUUACGCCCACACUACACAGCAUUGGCGUUUCGCGGAGCUUUAUCGAGCACUGCAGUCUGACGCCGUGCCCUAAGGGAGCGCUCAGCGUGGCCUUCAGCUGCGGCUGGCAGCAGCAACUAGUGCAGUGCUACAUGGUCUCACUGUCGCUAGAGGGAGAACUGGGCCUGGAGCAGCACUUGGCCAUCAAAUCGGAAUCGCAGACCAGCAUUUUUCUGGGUCCGCUGGACGGCCGGAGGAUCAGCCACUUAAAAUGGACGCGGGUGGCAAACGAGGAUGUGAUCUUCAUAGCCUACGCGUGUCCGGAUGGUGCCGGCAGCCAGUUGGAGCAAUGGACACUGACGCGUCGCCACCAGACCGUCCACGCGUUGCUGCAGGGCGGAAGCGGUGGUGGAGGAUCCAACACCAAGACCAACGAGUUCGUGCAAUCAGAAAGUUGGGAGCAAGUUGGCAAGGCUCACCUAAACGCCGUCCUCGCAGAUAUCUGUGUGACGCGAUUGAACGUUUCAUCGGCGGACUGCAGCCAGGUGUACGCCAUUCUGCAGGAUAACAGCGUCCAGGUGCUAGAACCCAAUACGCUAAAGCAACUAACGCACACGCAGUUCGAGAGGGUUUCCGACGCCAGUGGCGGCGUGCGGUUUGUUAGCGGCGAUCUAACACCCACCGGCCAGAUGCUGCUGAUCUUCGACAGCUAUGCCCAGCUACAUGCAAUGCAGGCGCCGCUGCUGAAGCAGGCCUCGGGAUCCGGAUCGGGACUGCUGCUUCUGCUGUUGGAGUACUGCAUCGUCACGGGCUGUGAUGCCAGCGACGUGCUGCUUCUGAACUUGGGCAGUCUGGAGGCGCUGGUGGAGAAACUAACGGAUAACUUUACGCGGCAGCCAUCGUAUGUGAGACACUAUUACUACGCCAACUUCUUGGCCCUAAAGUCCAAUCUAUGCCGCGUGCAGCAGCAGGAGUUUGACAACCUGAUCAUUUUGCACGCCAUAUCCACCACGUUCAAGAGCCUUCUGCGCCCCUCUGAUCUCGGGUGCCAGGACAAAGGACCCGCGGAUAAUCUAGCCAUAAAGCUAGCCGAAUCCAUACCUGAUGUUGACACCGUAAUGCUGAAUCUAGACGCCAAGGACUUCACAGUAGAGCCCGUAAUGCUGCAGAGCCUCCAACAGCUGAUACAAUGGGUGACCGACCUGGCGCUCAACAUGCUGCAUCGCCUGCCCGAGGAGGUGAUGAAGAGCAAACUAUCGGGGAAGCGUCCAAGCUACGACAUCAGCCGGGACAUCGUGGCCAUCGGCAGUAUGCGCGAGCUGCUGGUCAUGAUUCGCAUCUGGGGCCUGCUGAACACCCAAUGCCUGCCCGUGUACACCAAGACGAUGGACAACAUCGAUGUACUUGUCAUUCUGUUUCGCCUGCUCACCCGCUUGGCCCAAAACCCCGCCGAGCCGGACGAGGUUCUACUGGACGAGUGCAGCCUACUGUCCAAACAGUUGCUAAUACCGCAGCCCACCAGGUUCAGUCCCACCACCCUGCUCAGUGCUCAAGGCUUCGCGGCCGUGAAAUCGGGACAGCUGCAGUUCACCUCGCUGGUGGAGCCUUCCUGCCUGCAGGACAUGGAGAUGGAGGACGUAGUUUUCGCUAGGUCGGUGAAGGACGGCGUUAGUAAUUUGCAGCUGGGCGCCCGACCUAGCACCAUCCGAAGAUGCGCCCGCUGUGGCUUUGUGUUCGUCAACAAUGCCAGCAAGGUGGCUAAGACGUCGGCAUUGAAGGCAUGGUUCAGCAAAUGGCAGCACUGUCACUGCGGCGGCUUCUGGAAGCAAAUUCACUAAGCUAAGCUAGCUAUUAAGCAAUGCCCCGUAGUACUUCAGAUUAUUUUAAGCUAACAAUAAAAGUAGAGACAAAAAUUUGAUUGUUUUUGGUGUAAUUUUUUGAUCUAGAUGCUUUCUUGCGUUCGUUUUGGGAAAU